CAACAGCGUAACGAUACAUUGACAAUAAAAUGUAAUCGCUACACUUGAAACGUGGUUAUUCUUUUUAUACAGCUCUUUAUCAAAUAUGGGACAUACUGUGAUAAGAUUCUUUCUUUUAACCAUUCUAUUUUGUUGCAGUUAUUCGUAUUAUAUUAAGCCGUGUAUUACAACUUACAACACAACAAGAAAAACAUGCGGUGGUUUGUUUGGAUGGGGUAGUUGCAGAUUAAUUAACACAGAACACGAGCGUUGUUGUAAUGGAUACUAUGGAGAUAAAGCUGGACCCAAGAAUCCAAUGAAGGAACUUCCGUACGACUGCAAAAAACCUUUGUGCCGAAAUGGAUAUCUCUAUACCCCUUGCAACGUUUACUUCGCUGGAUAUGUUGAACAUAGGACAGGUGAAAUUGAGAUAAACAGUGGAGGUAUAUGUACGGCACCUUCUGUGUGCGAAGAUUGCAAUGAUGGGUACUAUCCAGUUACAGACUUAGGUGGUUAUUGCAAAGCGUGUCCAAAACCAGCCCAUUGCAAACAUCCUUCAUGUAAUACAGACGCACACGUAAUAUGCAAAUAUUGUGAGGGAGAGUUCGUCCCAGAAAAACCUGGAUUUAAUAUUUACACAUCAAAACCAGAUAAUACGCGCUGCCAAAAAGCAUGUUCCUGGAUGCCAGGUGCUCGAUGCUUUCCGGGGAAAUGCAUAGGUCAUAUGAUUUUAGAAAAUUGCAAAUGCACUGAAGGUUUCGUUGGUCCAGACUGUGCAGAAGGUAAAUAUGUAUAA